CAUUAAUAAGUUUUUCAAAGCCGUCGCGAUGUUUACAGGUCUUGUUGAGAUAAAAGGAGUUGUCUCCGACAUCAAACUCGACAGUCAAUAUGGUGCCACUCUCACCAUCAGCAACGCCUCCUCCAUUCUCGGAGACUGCGGACUCGGCGAUAGCAUUGCUGUAAACGGUAUCUGCCUCACAGUCACUUCCUUCACGGAGGACAGUUUCACAGUUGGUUGCGCACCAGAAACUCUUCGUCGUACAAAUGUCGGUUCUCUACAAGUCAAUUCCGAAGUCAAUCUCGAACGCGCCGUUUCUGCGAACACACGGAUGGGAGGACAUUUCGUACAAGGACACGUGGAUACUGUCGCAGAGUUGGUCAAGAGAGAAGAGGAUGGAGAGGCUUUGACCUUGAGAUUGAAGCCGAGGGACAAACAAGUGAUGAGAUAUAUCGUAGAGAAGGGAUAUGUCACGCUUGACGGAGCCAGCUUGACGAUUACCAAGGUUGAUGAAGAGUGGUUCGAGAUUAUGUUGAUCGCAUAUACGCAAACGAAAAUAGUCACAGCUCUCAAGAAAGAGGGGGAAUAUAUCAAUGUCGAGGUGGAUCAAAUUGGCAAAUACGUUGAGAGGGCUGUUGAGGGUUAUUUCGCCCAAGGCACUGGUGGAGAUAUUGCCAUCUUGGAAAAAAUGGUGGAGCGUAUUGUGGAAGCAAAGCUGGCAAAGCUUCCAGGAAACUAAUGUCUUCUCUUUGUGCAGUAUCAUACCCAAAAAUAACACAAGCGCUAUACCUAUUUCUCGCCA